AUGUCGUCCCCCUCGGCCCAGGCGGGCUCGCUCUACCCCAUCCACCUUUUGAUGGAUGAGCUCAAGAGCGACGACGUCGUCCUCCGUCUCUCGUCCAUCCGCCGUCUCAGCACCAUCGCCCUCGCGCUCGGCCCCGCUCGUACCCGCGACGAGCUCCUUCCUUUCCUCCAGGACCAGCUCGACGACGAGGACGAGGUGCUCCUCGUGCUUGCUGAGGAGCUUGGCUCGUUCACCGAGUACGUUGGCGGCAAGCAGUUUGCGUGGACCAUUCUUGGGCCCCUUGAGAACCUCGCCGCUGUCGAGGAGACGCUUGUCCGCGACAAGGCCGCCGAGUCGAUUUCGAGCAUCUCGACUGCCCUCUCCGCCGAGCAGAUUGACCAGCACUUUGUGCCCCUCCUCCGCCGUCUUGCCAACGGUGACUGGUUCACGUCGCGCACCUCGGCAUGCGCUCUCUUCGCUGCUGCCUACCCCAACGCCUCGGCCGGUGCCCAGGAGGACAUGCGCCGUCUCUUUGCCGGCCUCGUCGCCGACGACACCCCCAUGGUCCGCCGUGCCGCUGCGCGUGCGCUCGGACCCUUUGCCAAGGCCGUCGCCGGUGUCUCGACCCAGCACCAGCUCCUUGUUACCGACAUGAUCCCCCUGUACCGCCGCCUCGCUGCCGACGACCAGGACUCGGUCCGUCUCCUGACCAUCCCCGACCUGAUUGCUAUUGCGUCCAACCUUUCGGCCGAGGAGACCAAGGAGCACCUCCUUGAGCCCCUCCGCGCUUCGGUUUCGGACAAGAGCUGGCGUGUGCGCUACAUGGUCGCCAACGAGUUUGUCGGCCUUGCCGAGAGCGUUGGCCAGGACAUUGUCCGUGACGAGCUCGUUGUUGCCUUUGUCGGCCUGCUCAAGGACAACGAGGCCGAGGUCCGCACCGCCGCUGCCGGUCAGGUGCCGGGCUUCUCAAAGCUCAUUGACCGCGAGGUGAUCCUUUCGCGUAUCCUCCCCUGCGUCCGCGACCUCACCGCCGACACUAGCCAGCACGUCCGUGCCGCCCUGGCCAUGCAGAUCUCUGGUCUCGCUCCCUUGCUCGGCAAGGACGCCACCAUCGAGCACCUCCUGCCCCUCUACCUCCACCUCCUCAAGGACGAGUUCAGCGACGUUCGCCUCAACCUCAUUUCCAAGCUGGAGCUUGUCAACACUGUCAUUGGCAUUGACCGCCUGUCGCAGGCUCUCCUCCCUGCCAUUAUGGAGCUUGCCGAGGACAAGCAGUGGCGUGUCCGCCAGGCCAUCAUCGAGUACAUUCCCCUGCUCGCGACUCAGCUCGGUGUGCAGUUCUUUGACGACAAGCUCGGCGCCCUCUGCAUGUCGUGGCUCGGCGACACUGUCUUCUCGAUCCGUGAGGCCGCCACCAUCAACCUCAAGAAGCUCACCGACGUCUUUGGCGUUGACUGGGCCCGCACCACCAUCAUCCCCAAGGUGCUCCAGAUGGGCGAGCACCCCAACUACCUGUACCGCAUGACGACCAUUUUCGCCAUUACCACCAUGGCCCCCGCGCUCAACACUGCCAUUAUCCGCGACACUGUCCUCGACGCUGCCCUCCAGCUCGUCAACGACCCCAUCCCCAACAUUCGCUUCAACGUGGCCAAGUGCCUCGAGACCCUGGCUGCCGUCCUCGCCACCGACCCCGAGGGCCAGGAGCUCAUCCAGCGCCGUAUCGAGCCUACCUUGAGAAAGCUGCAGGAGGACUCGGACGCCGAUGUCCGUUAUUUCGCGACAAAAGCGUACGACCACACCACCGGCGACGAGCGGUCAGAGCCCAUGGUCAUUUCGUAA